AUGGUUGCUACGCAAUAUCCCGUACGUCCGGCUUUAAGCCAUGAGGAGAAGGAAAUAACCGGUUAUGUCGAGCCCUGGGUUGUCUCGCCCGGUGACACAGCUGAUGUCAAAUUAUCUUCCACCCAGCCCAAUCUCAAGUACCAGCUCGUGCGUCUACUCCAGGGUCUUGAUAUGCCCCAUGCUCCCACACCUGCCAAGGAGAUCAUAGAGCAUGGCCCCAAAGGAGAGCUUAAAGGGCGAUUCCAGGCAUCUCACCCCGGGUCCUAUGCUAGAGUAGACGGUUGGGCAAAAGACCCACUCCUGAGCAAGUCUGAUGGUGUUGAGAUUGACUUCUAUGCACAACCUUGGAUGUUGAACAGUCCCCAUCCUCAAGCCAUCCUGUCAAACCUCGACGUAAGCAAGAGUAAAGGGCUUUGCAUACUUCUAGACACUGAUCAAAACCUUGUCGUCUGGGUCGGCACUGAAAAGGGCAUCGAGACUAAGAAGAUUACAUCCUCUGCCCGUCAUGAGCGCUGGUUCCGCCUUCGCCUUACCAUCCAAGGCAGGGACCUCCAGAUCCACCUGUCCCACAUUGCCACUGGAAAUGAGAUUGCCCCAGGCCCAUGCACUGUCCAAACUACGCUCGCUAGUGCCGCUAGUCUUGACUCUGGAAGCCCGUUGUACUUUGCGGCGACCUUGGCUGCCAACCCAGCAUCACCCUCCGAGUUCCCAGUACACUUCUUCAAUGGAAGAAUCGACUCACCCAGCUUUCGGGCCCUUGGACGGAAGAGUUGGGAAAUUGCUAAGUACGACUUUUCGGUUGGUAUCGAUACGGACGAGAUCUUUGAUAUCUCAGGAUCUGGGCUUGACGGUGUCCUCAUCAAUGCUCCAACCCGUGCCGUUCGUGGCCACGAUUAUGAUCACAAACUGAUUGGUGUCGGCUGGAAAGAGGCGACGUACGGUUAUGGGGCGAUCCACUUCCACGAUGACGACCUUGAUGAUGCAGCCUGGGAUACCGACUUUCAAUUUACAGUGCCUUCUGAUCUUCGAUCUGGUGCAUACGCCAUUGAAGUUCAAGACACUGAGUCAGACCUCAAGGAUUCGGUUGUCUUCUUUGUACGACCAAAGGAAGUCCGGCCCCAGGCCAAGAUUGCAUUUGUAUUUUCUACGUUUACCUACCUGGCCUAUGCCAACGAGCACAUGUACGACGAGACCAAAUCGACGCAUAUCUCAUUCCCCGAGGGGGUCCAGCUAGUAACCUCAGAUAACUACCACAAGAUGGUUCGACGCCAUGACCUCGGCCUCGCCAUCUAUGACCUCCAUAGCGACGGCUCAGGUGUGGUGUACAGCACGACGAAGCGACCAAUCCUGAACGUGCGCCCUGACUAUAUCCACUGGGGCUUCCAGCGACCUCGAGAAUUCUCUGCUGACCUGCUUAUGGUUGGGUUCUUGGAGAAGCAUUUCGGAGAUGGCUAUGAUAUCCUUACGGACCACGACCUCCAUCUGCGAGGCCCCGCCGUUUUGGCCCAGUAUGAUGUAGUUAUAUCAGGCUCUCACCCCGAAUACCCUUCUUUCGAAUCCCUUGAUGCUUAUGAGGGCCACGUCAAGAAUGGAGGUUCUCUCAUUUAUGCUGGAGGAAACGGCUUCUAUUGGAAAUCCGUGACCGAUCCUAAGCGACCUCACCGCAUGGAGGUCCGUCGGGCAGAUGUUGGAGCGAGGACUCAUCAGAAUCCAGCCGGCGAACGACAUCACGCCCUCAACGGACAGCUCGGCGGUCUCUGGCGCUCCCUAGGUCGUUCGCCAAAUGAGCUUUGGGGAAUCGGAAGCUGUGCCUCUGGGAAAGGUCCUGGUAGACCCUUCAUCCCUACAAAAGAAGCCCUUGAGAACCCGCAGCUAUCCUGGGUUUGGAAGGGGCUCAACGAGGAGUCUAAGAAGCUUCUUGGUACUAAAGGGCUAGCCGGCGGAGCGAGUGGUGACGAGCUCGACCGGCUGGAUGUGGCCAUUGGAAGUCCCGAGAAUGCCAUUCUGCUAGCCAGAAGCGAGCGGCACGAUGACCACUUCAUGCUGUUUAACGAGGAACUCAUCUUCCCUAUGAUUGGCACGCUUGGUUCUACAUCUCCUCUUGUUAGGAGUGACAUGGUAUACUACGAAACGAACGGGGGCGGCUCUGUUUUCAGUGUCGGAAGUAUCAACUGGAAUAAUUCUCUGGCCUGGGAUGGAUACCAAAAUGACAUUGCUCAGAUCACUGAGAACGUAAUCCGCGAGUUUCUUGCUCGUGGGAAGAAAUAG